AUGAGCUCGUCUUGGCUUGUGCUUCACGCUGCUGUUGUGUCUCUGCUGGUUCUGUCAAGUUCGGCGGACCGUGAUGAGCGCAACAUGGAGCAGCGCGAGAUCACCUUUGACCUUGGUCCAAUCAUGCAAGAAUUCGCCAUCCCAGAGAAGUUGGACACUUCUAGAGGAAGAGAUCAUCCAAGUGUGGGAUCCCGCUCCGAGAUCCCUAUGCUGGACUAUCCUGUUCAGUUCCCACUCGGACGGCCUACAGCAGACAAUCUCCAAGCCAUCUGUCUGAACACAGACCUUCGCCCUCGCUACCCUGACUCCUACUUUCCUAGGUCGGGGUUUGGCCAGCUGCGCCGGCGGGCGAAUGCCGUCAAUAUUGGCGAGUCAUGGUUGAGCACGUGCUGCGCGGGCAACCAGACUUGGGGGACGGAAGUGACGCUUUGCUGUGCCACGAAGGCGUGGGAGCUGUCCUUGGAAAACUUCUGUGAGGAGGAUUCAUCCGUCAAAGACAGACUUUAUCACUGCUGCAAAAAAGGGGGCGGCCAGAGGCUCGACUGCUUUCAUAACGAUUCUCCCAAUCCAAGCUAUGAGCCAACCGAGGCGUUGCCGGUGGUCCCCCUUCCCACUUCAAUUGAGUUCAACUUUGACAAAAACACAUGUAGUAGGUCUUCAGUGACUCAUCCAAGCGUCAGCGAACAGUUCGGUUCCAAGAAAAGUGAACUCAUCUUCCCCCCAGCUCGACCCAGUGCGGAUAAUGUGGACUCGCUGUGCCGCAAUCAGAAGCUGCGUCCUCUGUACAGUGUCAAAUGCCUGCCGAAAAACGGCUAUGAGCUUCUGGCUCGUCAGGCCAAGAUCAUAAAUCGUAUCGAGAAGGGAUACAAACAUUGCUGCAAGAAAAACCAGGACUUGCUUGGGUGUACUGAGCAAAAGUGGCGUGAUGCGCUCAACAGGUUUUGCUCUAGUAAGAAGGGUGGCAAGCUUGACUACGAGUGCUGUGUGGGCAGCACGGCUGAUCGGCUCGACUGUUUCCAGUCUUCAUCUCCUGACCCGAAUUACAAUGCGACGUCCCAGGGAGGAGUGUCCCCCCAAAUCUGUCAGUCCCGCAAGAUCAUCAAGAAAGUGAUGUGCUCAUCAAAGAAGACAGCCCCUCCAGUCACCCGCCGCUGUUGCCGCAUGGCUCCUCAAGAGCAGCCAAAAUGCUUCACUAACUUUGUCAUGGAUGCCAUCACCAAGGCAACCAAGGUCUCCAACCAGAGGAAGAAAAGAUGCCCCCUUUAA